AUGUAUGAGGUUCGCAUGGGGUGGCUCUCCACUCGCUCUGACGGCGGUGACUUUGCGAGCUUGAACGCGCGGACCGGACAGAAACGCAGCGACCUCAGCAUAAAUCCCAUUGCUGGCGGCCGCUGCCGUGCCCUCGGGCACGAGAAGCGCAAGAUCAAAAAUGCUCUGCCUGGCGUCGACGCAGAACCUCGGCUGCGCAAGCAGUGCGGACGGAUCCGUCGAUGUUGGGCAUUGAGCACCAUCACCCAGGUAUCAGAACUGCAGGCGCCCGAGAUUCGGUCCGGCGGACUAACCUUGGAGGAACACUCGAACUCCCGUUUCCCCGUCGCAUCGCGAGACGCACCGCCCGCGUACACGUCGCUUGACACAUUCGAGCUCCCCAAGGGCGCAGACAGGCACUAUGUGCAGCAGUAUGCCGAUAUGUAUUACCUGCGACUGGUGCAGCUGAAGCCUGCCGUUGAAAAGAACGCCGCCGAGCAGUGGAACGGCUACACGAUUGGAGGCGAGAAGGCGCGCCAAGUCGAGCGCGUGCUGGACGUGAGGCAGGGUGAGCUGUGCUGGGUCGUUGGGACCGUCUUCAUGGAGAUGCCGCUGAAGCCAAGGGUGCUGGACGAUAUUUCAAAAGAGCACUGGAUAUCCGCGCCCCCGCCUCGCGAAAAAUACAUAUCGCCCGACGGCGGACGUCAGGUCAUGCUGGAAGACGAGUCUGGUCGUCUCCGCCUGGCUGGCCGCUGUUUGGAGAAUGCAUUGCUUGUUACUGGCGCCAUCAUCGCUGCAAUCGGCACCGAGACCUCCGACGGCGUGUUCGAUGUUCUGGAAAUCAAAGUCGCUGACUUGCCACGCCAGCCUGAGCGCUGGGAGCUGGAGGACAGCGCGAGCGCAGUAGCCGGCACGGUUGAGAGCAGGGAUAACCACAAGGGCAGCAAGAUCGCCCUCGUCAGUGGCCUUCAGAUUAGCGGUGACUACAGCGACGCGCUGCAGCUCGAUCUUCUCGCCGAUGCACUGACUGGCCAACUUGGCAACUCGGAGUUCCAAGCUGAUAUGGCGGGAGUAUCGCGCUUGAUCAUCGCUGGCGAUUCGCUCGCUAAUGCUUGUCCCAUUCCCUCGCGCGAAGAGCUCGCAGCCACCAAGAAGGACAGUGGCAAGAAGUACGGGUACGACUCUGCGUCUUACAAUGCUGCGCCCACAUCCAACCUCGACGACUUCCUGGAAUCGAUUCUCCCCACCAUUGCCAUCACCUUGCUGCCCGGCCAGACCGACCCGGCGAAUGUGCAGAUCCCGCAGCAGCCGAUGCAUGCUGCGCUCUUCCCCCAAGCAAGGUUAUAUGCAAAGAGCCCUGCGCAUCAGGGCGCGGUCAACGAAGCUCCCAGUCUAUUUGACCCAGUGACGAACCCGUGGGAAGGCGAGGUCGAAGGGUGGAGGUUUCUGGGCAAUGGCGGACAGCCCGUGAGCGAUGUGUUCAAGUACGUGGAGAGCGACGAUCGAUUGGACAUGAUGGAAAGCAUGCUCAGGUGGAGGUGCAACGCCCCGACCGCGCCGGACACACUGUGGUGCUACCCUUUCCAGGACGAUGACCCGCUCCUCAUCAAAGAAUGCCCGCACGUAUACUUUGCAGGUAACCAGCCGUCGUACGGCACCCGGGUCAUCGAGGGACCGGCUGGUCAGCUGGUACGGCUCAUAGCAGUGCCGAAGUUCAAGGAUACGGGGUCGGUGGUGGUGAUUGAUUCGGAAACGUUGGAAGUGAAGGAAUUAAAGGUGGAGAUAUGA